AUGCUUGGAGUGGUGUGGCCGGACCGCCACGUAGCGUUUCCCGACUUUCUUGAUCCAACGAACGCCACACAAAAAUGGUGGAUUCAAGAGUUUAAGACUUAUCAACAGCAGGUCCCUUACGAUGGUAUUUGGAUUGAUAUGAACGAGCCUGCUAACUUUGGCACUAAUGAAGUUCAUCCAUGGUAUUUCGAUAGCACUGACCACCCAGAUGACCAGCCUCUGAUAUGUCCUAUGAACAGCACCGAUGGUGAAUGGGAUAUGCCACCGUAUAAAACGCAUGCGGUAUACAACUUUGGGCAGGGAGCCUACCUGGCCACAAAGACUCUGUGCAUGUUGGCCGUACAAGCGGACGGAAAGCAACGAUUCUACAAUACUAAAAAUCUCUAUGGCUGGAGUGAGGCUAAAGCUACGCAACAAGCGCAGCAUGCAGCAACUGGCAAGAGAGGAGCUGUGAUUUCUCGAUCAACUUUUGCUUCAUCUGGCAGGUUUGCCGGACACUGGCUAGGCGACAAUACUGCAAGAUGGGAAGACCUUCAGACUUCAGUAAUUGGUGUGCAGGAAUUCAACAUGUUUGGCAUA